AUUUAAUUUCAGAUUAAACUAUCUGCCAUCUAAAGAAAAAAAAAACUCACAUAAACACAAAUCAAAAUGCUGCAACUGCGACGAAAGAAGAUAAUUUCCCUGCCAUUAGUCGCAAUAUUUUUCCUAUUAUGCACCAUCAAAUCCAUAAACACAGAAGUCUAUACCGCCUUGGCGGAUAUGGAAGAGCUAUUAGAGACUGAAUCUGUAUUAAUUAGUAAUUUAGAGGGUUUUAUUAAGGUAGAACAACAAAAGUUGGAUUAUUUAAAAACUAAAAUGCUUGAAUACCAAAGAGAACACGCUGAAGCAGCUGUCGAUAUUUCAAAUUAUGUUUCAAAUCCCAUUAAUGCCUAUUUACUUACAAAACGUCUAACCACAGAUUGGAAACAAGUGGAAAAUCUUAUGGCCCACGAUGUGGGUGGAGAUUUUCUUAGCAAUAUAACUAAUUACCGCAACAUUUUGAAAUUCCCCUCUGAUGAGGAUUUGAAUGGUGCGGCGGUGGCCUUAAUGCGCCUACAAGAUACUUACAAUUUAGAUACGUCAAGUUUGGCUAGAGGAGAACUUAACGGCAUACAAUACAGUACUGAAAUGUCAUCAGAUGAUUGCUUCGAAUUGGGACGUCAGUCAUAUGUCAAUCAUGAUUAUUAUCAUACUGUUUUAUGGAUGAAUGAAGCCAUGACUAGAAUGUUAGAUGAACCCAGAAAUCGUACAUUAGCCUUUACAAAAGCUGACAUUUUAGAAUAUUUAGCAUUUUCAACAUAUAAACAAGGCAAUGUUGAGAGUGCCCUCUCUAUGACAAAUGAAUUGUUGCAACUGAUACCAAAUCAUGAACGUGCCUCAGGUAAUAAAGUUUACUAUGAAAAAGAAUUGAAAGAAUUGUCGGUAAAAAAGAAGGUUAAAGGUGAUGAUGGUACAGAUGAAACACCUAAAUCCGAUUUGCCCAUUUCUAAAGCUGAACCCUACACCAUGUUCGAUCAAACCGAACGCAAGGCCUAUGAAUUAUUGUGCCAGGGUAAACUGAAACCUACUCCAGCUCAAUUAAGAGUUCUUAAGUGCCGUUAUGUAGAUAAUAAUGUGCCAUUCUUGAAAAUUGGUCCUCUAAAAUUGGAAGAAGCCUCCAAAGAUCCCUAUAUAGUGGUCUAUCAUGAAGUGAUUUUUGAUAAUGAAAUUGAGAUUAUUAAGAAGAUGGCCAGACCCAGAUUCCGCAGAGCUACCGUACAGAAUGCUGUAACUGGUGAAUUGGAAACGGCAAAUUAUCGUAUUAGUAAAUCGGCUUGGCUAAAGACUGAAGAACAUCCUAUUAUUAAGAAUAUCGUUCAGAGAACUGAAGAUAUGACUGGUCUCGAUAUGAUUACGGCCGAAGAGUUACAGGUUGUCAAUUAUGGUAUUGGUGGUCAUUAUGAACCUCAUUUCGAUUUUGCAAGGCGUGAAGAAGUGCGUGCUUUCCAAGGUCUAAAUUCCGGCAAUCGUAUAGCCACAGUUUUGUUCUAUAUGAGUGAUGUUGAACAAGGUGGUGCCACCGUUUUCACAGCCAUUAAUACUGCUCUAUGGCCCAAAAAAGGAACAGCGGCUUUCUGGUAUAAUUUACAUAAAUCGGGAGAGGGUGAUUACAGAACAAGACAUGCUGCUUGUCCGGUAUUAACUGGCUCUAAAUGGGUAAGCAAUAAAUGGAUACAUGAACGCCGUCAAGAAUUUAGACGUCCUUGUGAUUUGGAACCUGAUCAUGGCGAAUUUGCCAUAUAGUGCAAUUAUUCUUAUUGUUUAAUUUUAAAUAUUUUCUAAAACAAAAAAAAAAACAAUUUAUUCAUUAUACAAUUUUUCGCUACAAACACUCCCCACACUCUCUAUCUCUCUCGCUCCCUAACUAUCUCUCAUUCAAGGCUUUACGAUUUAGUUUAUAGUAGUAUCUAUAUAUAUAAAUACAAUACAUACUUAUUUUAUGUAUCUAUCUAUGUAUUUAAAAUUUUUUUAUACAUACAUAUUUAACUAUUAGAUUUUUAUUUCAAAAACUCUUGAAAUCUUAGACUUUUAGAGAAGUUAAAAAUAAAUUUUAUAUAAUUUGCACUUCUCUUUUUAAUUGUAAUUCUAAAAAAUUCAAAAGUAACAAAGAAUCUCGUUUUAAUUGUAAUAAAAUAUAUUUUUUUCCCUUCUUACUUUUUGAUACAUUUUCUCAUGUGCAACUGUUGUUUUAACAACAUUUAUAUAAAAAUUUACUUUAAUUAAAUUAAUUAAAUAAAUUCUUGUGGAAUUUUAUUACAACUACUUGUUUCAUUUUGCCAAAAACAGGAAAAUUUUAUUAAAUUGAUUUAGCUUUUUUUUAUAAGAUUUAUUUUAGAUUUUGAUUUUAUUUGCUUAAUAUAUUCUAAUAUGUGAAAAGUUGUCCCGUGAUGUAAAAAAAAAACUAAAUAAAAAUUUUAAAUAUUUGUU